AUGUCUCUUAUACAAAUACUUUCUCAAAAACGCUUACAGAAUUCUGUACAAAUCCAUAAAGGCGAUUGGGAGGGGCAGAUUUACAGGCUUCAGUACUGUCUAAUACGAGUCAGGGUGAGUUCGACAGCACCAGCUGGCCAUAAUCUGUGUUCUGACAGACACAGUCAAGAUGUUGUCUCCCAGCAGGGAAUGUCGCGCCUCAUCAGUAAACCUCGCCCUCCUAAAACUGACGGACAAACACCCAAAGCAAGGCCAGAAGUCGACACUGGCUUUAAGAGUCUCAAGAAUGAAAACAAAUGGAGUUUCUCAAUAGAUGCAGUUGUAGAAAAUCAAUUAUACGAAUUUGGUAAGCUUCAAAUUGGAGAGUAUCCUUCUCAGUCCUUCAUCUUUGGUGCCGAUGAUCAUAAACUGUAUCUCGAACAUGGAAAAGUCACGAGUGAUGAGAUUGAUUAA